AUGGAUAGAGUGAGGACUAGCUCUGGGUUCUGUGUGGAGAGGGAGAUUCUGGAUGAAGAGAGGCUGGAGGAGCUGGCUAAGAGAUUGGACCCCUUACAAACCCACAUUCCCUUGUCUCAUCGCCUGAAAAACUCUCUUAGGUGUUCUAUUCCCGGACUGAAGCGCAGAGUGGUAGGCUGCUUACCUGUGCUUUACUGGUUACCACAUUAUUCCAUCUGGGACUAUGGCAUGCCAGAUCUCAUCUCUGGGAUCAGUGUGGGCAUCAUGCACUUGCCACAAGGAAUGGCCUAUGCAUUGCUGGCUUCAUUGCCACCAGUGUUCGGACUGUACAGUUCCUUUUAUCCCGCACUCAUUUACUUCUUCUUUGGGUCCUCCAGACACAUUUCUAUAGGCACAUUUACGAUUCUCAGUGUUAUGUUAGGCAGCAUUACAGAGGAACUAGCCCCUGAUGCCAAUUUUCUCAUCGUCAAUGGCACUAAUGUGACCGAGGAGGUGGACGUCACUGCUAGAGAUCUUUAUAGAGUACAAGUUGCUGCAGCUGCUACAGUAUUAGGUGGACUAAUUCAGGUGAUCCUGGGUUUGGCGCAGUUUGGGUUUGUGGGUACGUACCUCUCAGAGCCAUUAGUAAGAGGGUACACCACAGCGGCCUCCGCUCACGCAGUAGUGGCUCAGUUAAAGAACAUCUUGGGAGUGUCUCCGACACGAUUCAGUGGGCCGUUUGCACUGGUGUAUACACUAGUGGACGUGUGUAUGCAGCUGCCUAAUACUCAUCUGCCCACUCUGCUGGUCAGUGUUGUCUCUAUUGUCGUCCUCAUCAUUGCCAAGGAGCUGAACAAUAGAUUCAAAGAGAAACUGCCGGUGCCAAUACCAGUGGAGCUCAUUAUUAUUGUUGCAGGUACCCUGACAUCUUUCCAAACUCAUCUAAAUGAGACCUAUGACAUUUCAGUAGUCGGCGAUAUCCCAAGUGGGCUUCAGCCUCCCAUGAUGCCAAACUACAAAAUCUUUUCUGAUGUGAUAGCCGAUGCUUUUGCUUUGGCCAUUGUGGGAUACGCCAUCUCCAUCUCUUUGGGCAAAACUUUUGCUCUUAAGCAUGGCUACAAAGUGUGCAGCAAUCAGGAAUUGGUGGCUUUAGGUCUCAGUAAUACAGUUGGAGGUUUUUUCCAGUGUUUUUCUGUCUGUGCUUCAAUGUCUCGCAGUUUAAUACAAGAGACCACUGGAGGCAGAACACAGAUGGCAGGAGUGGUUGCAGCUGUGAUAGUGCUGGUGACUACGUUAAAGUUAGGGACGCUGUUUCAGCAGCUGCCCAAGGCGGUGCUGGCUGCUAUUGUGUUUGUGAAUCUGAAAGGCUUGUUCAAGCAGUAUGCUGACAUUGUGACCCUGUGGCAAAGAAACAAGAUCGAUCUGUUGGUGUGGUUGGUGACUUGGGUAUCCACUGUUCUCUUUAAUAUGGAUAUGGGUUUGGCCGCCUCUAUUGGCUUUGCCCUGCUCACUGUUAUCUUUAGAACACAAAGGCCCCGGUACUCUGUCUUGGGCCAUCUUCCUGGUACUGAGCUUUAUUUGGACAUGGAGACACAUCAAAAGGUGAGGGAGGUACCAGGCAUCACCAUAUUCCGCUCUUCAGCUACCAUAUACUUUGCUAAUGCUGAACUUUACCUGGAAGCCCUCGAACAAAAGAGCGGCUUGGACAUUACUAAGAUGAUCACUUAUAAGCGCAGACAGGAGGAGAAGCAGAGAAGAAGAGAGAGGAGGGCAGAACGGAGGGCAAAGCGAGCAGCCAAAAGACAGAAAGAAGCUCUCAGAGCAGCUUCUCAGCGCACCAAAGUGUGCAUCUUUUCGGUUGAGGAAAAGGCAGGCGACUGUAAAGACAUGUCUGGUGAUAUCAUCCCAGAAGAGGAGUGGGGGGAAAGGGAAAACGGCACAGUGUUUGUCAUGCCUGAGACCCCACGGAACAGUUGGGUGUAUCUGAAGGGCACUGAUCCUGACACCACCACACUAGGGUCCAUGUCAGAUCUGCAGGAUGGGGACAUCACGACACUGGAAUCCAGCAGUGAGGAUACGCUCAGCAGGGAUCUGGAAAGAGUUUCCCUGGGAUCGCUGGGAAAAUGGACCUGGAAUAUCCACUCCAUCAUCCUAGACCUUUCUCCAGCCAACUUUAUCGACACUGUGGCCAUGAAGACCCUAAGAAGUAUAUUCCAUGACUUUGGAGAGAUUGAUGUCCAUGUUUAUAUCGCCGGCUGUCAAGAUGCCGUGGUGGAGCAGCUGGAGCAAGGUGGCUUUUUCACUGACAUUUCCAAACAGUGUCUCUUCACAACUGUGCACGAUGCUGUGCUCUACUGCCUCAAGCACCAUGGUGCAGCAAUUCUGCCGAGUGAUGAGACACCAGUGUGUAUGGGCAGCACCAGAUUCUGAGACAUUAAUUACAGUAAAGUACAUCUGCAGC